GAGAGAGAGAGAGAGUAGGUAUGGUUCCCGCACUGCUCCAGCUGUAGUGGACAAAGACAUUUAAAGAAAAGGAAAGAACCGGAAUAAAGAGUGGAAUCAGUCCGAGGCGCGUCACCGGGGAAGAUGGUCCUGAUGAGAGAGAUGCUGCCGGUGUCCCUCUGCCUGCUGCUGCUGCCGUCCGUCACCUCGGGCUGCGGACCGGGCAGGGGAUACGGGAAGCGGAGGCACCCCAAGCUGACACCGCUGGCCCUGAAACAGUUCAUCCCCAACGUGGCGGAGAAAACCCUGGGAGCCAGCGGCAAGUACGAGGGCAAGAUCAGCCGCAGCUCGGAGCGGUUCAAGGACCUGACUCCCAACUACAACCCCGACAUCAUCUUCAAGGACGAGGAGAACACCAACGCGGACCGGCUGAUGACACAGAGGUGUAAAGACAAACUCAACUCUUUGGCCAUUUCAGUCAUGAAUCUGUGGCCCGGGGUGAAACUCCGGGUCACAGAGGGCUGGGACGAGGACGGCCAUCACUCUGAGGAGUCUCUGCACUACGAGGGCCGAGCCGUGGACAUCACCACCUCAGACCGAGACAAGAGCAAGUACGGCAUGUUGUCCAGGCUGGCUGUGGAGGCGGGAUUCGACUGGGUCUACUAUGAGUCCAAAGGCCACAUACACUGCUCUGUGAAAGCAGAAAACUCCGUGGCGGCGAAGGCGGGCGGUUGUUUCCCUGGGUCGUCCAGGGUGAUCCUGGCAGAUGGAGGGACUAAACCACUGAGGGAGCUCCGGGCGGGGGACAAGGUGCUGGCCGCUGACCGACAGGGAAACCUUGUCCUCAGCGACUUCCUCAUGUUCAUGGACCGGGACAGAAAGACCGUGAGAGAGUUCCACGUCCUGGAGACCGAGGCGCCACGCCGCAGACUGACGCUGACCCCGGCUCACCUGGUCUUCGUGAUGAACAACAACCGUACCGACGGCAGCGCCGUCAGGCCUGUGUUCACUAGUACCGUUAAACCAGGACAGCAGCUUCUGGUCGUUAGGAGUGAACGACCAGAUCUCCUCAUCCCUGCCAGAGUGACAAGAGUUCACCUGGAGCAGCACGAAGGGUCUUAUGCACCUGUAACAUCUCAUGGCACCAUCAUCGUUGACCAGGUGUUGGCGUCCUGCUACGCCGUGGUUGACGAUCAUGACCUCGCACACUGGGUUUUUGCCCCGGUUCGACUGUGGCGCUCGUUCGCGUCACUGGUUGGGAUGUUGACGGAGCUCAGCGGCGUGCACCAACCGGACGGAGUCCACUGGUACCCUGAGCUCCUCUACCACGUGGGGCGAUGGCUCAUGGACAGCAGCUGUUUCCACCCACAGAGCUGAGAUGAACUUUAUAGACUGUCCAUUCACACCAGAAUACAACCCUUCAACAUGUCGACGAACUGACGCGGGAAUACUCAGUUGUCCAUCCAACCGUCCAUCUUCUUCCACUUAUUCAGGAUCAGGUCUCGGUGGCAGCAGGUCAAUCACAGUUCGUCCCUUUCUCCGGCAGCGUUGUCCCGCCCCUCCUGGGGGAUCUGUCCCGAGGUCCUACCCUGACACCCGACCCUCAUCCCAACUGCUUCACCACGGGCAAGCAGCCCCCACCUGCCUCUGGUCUUUGUGCUAAGCUAGGCUAACCAGUCUUCCUCCAACACAACAUACAGAUUGUUCCACCGACGGCAUUUUGAAAAAGUAACUGAAGGCGUCACAAAGAUGAGAGUCAGAUACGAUGUGAUCAUAUCUACAGAUUCUCAGUAUCUGUUCAUCACAGGAUGCUGAGGUGUUGUCCAGGUGACGUCCGUCUCCAUGAACAUGUGGAAGUCACAGCUGGUAAAAAGUGUCGUUCUAACUUCUGUUAUCAAACACACUGAUUUCACAUUUUUCAUUGAUCAACCACAACAUUAAAACCAGUUAGUGAGUCUGAUGAUGUGGCAGAUCAAUGCGUAUACAGACACGUAUACAACAUAUAUAUACAUGUAUAUAUAUAUAUAUAUAUAUAUAUAUAUAUAUGUGUGUGUGUGUGUGUGUGUGUGUUGACAUUUAUUUAUUUUUUCUGUAUUACUGACAGAGUGUCUGUUAAUGGUUUAUGUGUGAAGUAUAAAAAUGUGUCUGAGUCUAAAUGUGGAAUGAUUCAUGUUCAGGCGAAGUGAACGACUGUGAUUGUUAUAACUGUCAGGGCCAAUUAUAUUUUCAUGGAUGGAUAUAAAGAAUGACAUCAAUAAAUUAUAUUUUUUAUACACUGGCCGUUGACCUCCAGUUAAUAAGCGGCCUGAGGGAACAUUUGGCAAUCAUUGCUUCAUUUGGGGAGAGGCUCACAGGCAGACGGCCCACAGCUCAAUCUGUCGAAAUGCUUCAGAUUAUUACUGAGUCAAGGGCCAUAAAACCUCGAUAUAUUAUCAGUAUAUCUGAAGCAGUGUAGGUUUAUACAGAUAAAUACAGUUUCACAGACCAGUACCUGAUCAGGACCGUGGUCCUCGGAGGUGAUCUGUGUGUCUCCCAGC